AUGGCAUCAAGCACGAUUCCCAAUGGUUCCCACGACAUUGCGAUCGUACGGGGAACAGUUGACUCCAUCCCAGCCGUCCUGAAUCUCCUCGAUACCGCAGUUAAAUGGCUGGUAUCGCAGGACAGAAUUGGGCAGUGGGGAGCAGCACCGUUUUCUGAGAACCCAAAAAACCCCGAACGACUCAGAGAAUUUGCAACCACCGGCCAGGGUCUGUGGCUCGCGAUCAAGGUAGCUGAUAAUACGCCCGUGCUGGACCAAAAUCGACUCUCCGGUACAAACGCCCAAACCGUGAACGGAGACACUCCGGGUGUCGUCGUAGGAGCGCUUGCUAUUGGAGAGAAGAUGCCAUACGUGCCAUCGGUCUCGGAGCCUGAGCUUUACGUGCGACUGUUAGUCACAGAUCGACAGUGGGCGGGCAACGAGAUUGGCAAACGUCUUUUGGAACAUGCACGUCAUGUUGCAAACAGCGUUGGGGUCUCAUUACUACGGGUGGAUUGCUAUGCAGGUGGCGACGGCAAACUGGUCCAAUAUUAUGAAUCCCAAGGGUUUAAGCGAUCGGAGAGGUUGAACCUGGAAGGCGACUGGCCUUGCCAAGUGCUGGCCCAACGAUUAGAUGAGGUGGAAGGAGAAGAGAGACCUUGA